ACAUGACCGCGAGCCGUGAGCAUGGCGGAGCGAGAGGAGUAUGAGGGUCUGCUGGAUGAAGAUGAGGAGGAUGAAGGGGUGUCGCGGCACCUGAGCCCGCUGUGUGACCCGACUCACCUGCUGCACCGGAUCCUGGUUCUGUUCUUCAUGUGCUUCCUGGGCUUCGGCAGCUACUUUUGUUAUGACAACCCCGCAGCUCUUCAGACUCAAGUCAUACAGGACAUGAGUCUGAACACGGCCUCCUUCAUGCAGCUGUAUGCCUGGUACUCAUGGCCUAAUGUCGUGCUGUGCUUCCUGGGAGGCUUUCUGUUGGACCGGGUCUUUGGCAUCAGACUGGGGACGAUCAUCUUCGCAUCGUUUGUGUUAAUAGGGCAGAUCAUAUUUGCUGCUGGAGCUCUGGCCAAUCACUUCUGGCUGAUGAAUCUGGGCCGUUUUGUGUUUGGUAUUGGCGGAGAGUCGCUGGCUGUGGCUCAGAACACGUAUGCGGUGAACUGGUUCAAAGGAAAAGAACUCAAUCUGGUGUUCGGCCUACAGCUCAGCAUGGCCAGAGUGGGCAGCACGGUCAACAUGAACGUCAUCGGUUGGGUUUACAGCCGCAUCGAGGCGAUGCUGGGCUCAGUGGGACACACCACGCUCGGGAUAACACUCAUGAUCGCGGCGUCCACGUGUCUGUUCUCCCUCACAUGUGCUCUGAUUCUGGGCUUUCUGGACAGAAGAGCAGAGAAGAUCCUCCACAAGGAGCAGGGCAAAACCGGGGAAGUCAUCAAGCUGACGGAUGUCAAGGACUUUCCCUUCUCUCUCUGGCUCAUCUUCAUCAUCUGUGUGGCCUAUUAUGUGGCCAUCUUCCCAUUUAUUGGACUGGGCCAAGUUUUCUUCAUCGAGAAGUUCGCCUUCACUACUGUCCAGGCCAGAGCCAUCAACAGUAUCGUGUACAUCAUCUCGGCUCCGGCGUCUCCUCUGCUGGGGUUCGUGGUUGAUAGGAUGGGCAGAAACAUCUUGUGGGUCAUGCUGGCUGUCGCCUCCACGCUCCUCUCUCACAUGAUGCUGGCCUUCACCUUCUGGAACCCCUGGAUCGCCAUGUGUCUGUUAGGUCUGUCGUAUUCUCUGCUGGCCUGUGCUCUCUGGCCCAUGGUGGCGUUUGUGGUGCCGGAGCAUCAGCUGGGAACCGCAUAUGGAUUUAUGCAGUCCAUACAGAACCUGGGUCUGGCGCUCAUGUCCAUGGCUGCGGGAAGCAUCUUAGACCUCAAAGGAUACCUGUUCCUCGAGGUCUUCUUCAUCGCCUGCCUGUGCUGUGAGUAA